CAGAUAUCAGUCUCAAUCAAGAUAUCUACAAAGCUGCUACUCCACGUUUCGCGUAGAUAAAGUUAUUCGAAAUGACCGCGUUCACAUCACGGACGUUCUUCGAGAACCUCCAUCACCUCCACUCCGACGACGGACGCGGCUUCACCACCUUCACCUGUCUGCUCUUAUAGGCGAAGAUAUGUCGACCGUGCUGCCACAAGGAGCUGGAUAUGGAGUCGUCCUUGGGCUCGGAGCCGCGUUUGCCUUGCUCAUGAUUGGGAUAUCGAAGAUCCAGUCACGGUAUACGAUACGAAGUAUCAACUCAUCGGAGGAGUUCACGUCGGCCUCCCGUUCAUUGAAGCCUGGAAUCCUUGCAAGCGGUAUCGUGUCUGCUGCAACAUGGGCUGCUACUUUGCUUCAAAGUGCCACAGUGACCUACACUUAUGGUUUAUCCGGGGGCUACUGGUAUGGUGCAGGAAGCGUCAGUCAGAUAAUGUUGUUCGCUCAAAACGCCGUCAUGUUGAAACGCAAUGCCCCCGGAGUUCAUACCUUCCUCGAACCCAUUCGAGUCCGUUGGGGUACCUUCCCACACAUCUUGUUCAUCUUUUACGGUUUGGGCACGAACAUUCUUCUGACGGCCCAGCUUAUCACCGGAGGGUCUUCUACCAUAAACGCGCUGACCGGGAUGCACACUUAUGCUGCAUGUUGUCUCAUCCCAGCCACUGUCAUCGCAUACACACUCGUUGGUGGUCUAAGGGCUACCUUUUUUUCUGACUACGCGCAUACAACGUUGAUUUUCGUUAUCAUACUUGUCUUCAUGUUCUCGACCUUUGCGACGAAUCCCAAUCUUGGUUCUCCCUCGAAAGUGUACGACCUUCUUCAAGAAGCAGCGACAAACUAUCCACUCGAGGGCAAUGCCCAGGGAUCGUAUACUACCUUCCGUUCCACAAACGGCCUCGUCUUUGGAAUCAUCGUCAUCAUCUCUGGAAUUACGACCGUCUUCAUGGAUCAAACGUACUGGCAACGCGCUGUCGCGUCUAAAUCGAGCACUAGCAUGAAGGGAUAUCUCUGGGGAGGGAUGGCGUUCUUCCCCGUUCCAUGGGCGUUUGCGACAGCGUGCAGUCUGGCUUUGGUAGCCCUGGCAGCAGGGCCCGACAAUAUGAUCACUGCGCGUUUGGCGGACGUGAGCCUUGUUGCUCCCGAAGCCGCUUCAGCCCUGCUCGGAAAAUCUGGUGCUAUGCUCCUUCUAGUGACACUGUUCCUCGCAGUUACCUCCGCUGCCUCCGCCGAACUUGUCGCCGUCAGUUCUAUCAUCGUCUACGACAUUUACAAGCCCUACUUCGCCCCCACCGCAUCGGAGAAACAAGUCCUCUUCGUGUCGCAUUGUGCGGUGUUUGGCUAUGGGAUCUUCAUGAUGGUGCUUGGGAUCGUGUUCGCGAAGAUUGGGAUCUCGUUGAGUUGGCUUUAUGGAUUGACGGGUGUGAUGUUCAGCUGCGCUGUGGCCCCAGUCGGGUUCGCGAUCCGUACGAAGACGGGGAAUAAAUGGGGUUGCGUGUCUGCGUCUGUUAUCGGCUUCGUAUGUUCCAUCGUUGCCUGGGUUGUGACCGCGAAGGAGUAUUACGGAAUCGUAGAUGUCACCUCAACCGGUGGAUCAUACCCUCAGCUCGCAGGCAAUUCUGCCGGCAUCUUUAUCUCAGGUGGAAUAUGCGCUAUCACGACAUGGUUGUGGCCUGAUAACUUCGACUUCGACUCAACCACGGCUGCCUCUCUCCCAGCAUCUUCCUCUCCCACAGACGAAGACCCCGACCUCAAAGAGAAAGACCCCGCCUCCGUCGCAGACCACGAAGCCCAACCCGAAGCCGACAUUCUGCCCGUCAACAACAUCAACGACGCUUCCGACCAGGCUCUCUAUAAGGACUUCAAGGAGAGCGUGGUGGUCACGGUGGUCGUGUUUGUUUUGUUGUGUAUUGUUAUUCCGGCGUUUGCGGCGAUACCGAAGGUGUGGACGAAGGCUGGAUUCGUGGUUUGGGUUGUUAUUACUUUCUUGUAUACCUUUGUGGCGAUCGCUGUUUGUGUGAUCUGGCCGAUUUGGGAGUCGAAGGAGACGUUGGCGAUGAUUGCGAAGGGGAUUCAUAAUGAUCUUACGGGGAAGAGCUUUGAGAAGGCGUGA